AUGGCACAGGCCCACGAGGAUACCGCGGCAGAACUUCACGCCACGCUCCAACAACGGCAAGGCGGCGCUGUUGGCGACAGCAAGGACCAGGGCAAGGACAUGACUGGCGGCAGGCUGCCUAGCAUCUCGGUUGAGAAGAGCCACUCAGCCGACACGGCCGACGGCGAGGAGCCCAACGCUCACGAGAUCAAGACGCUGCGUCGUGUUGGAGAUGCCUUUCCUAAGGCCGCCUACCUGAUUGCCGUCGUCGAGCUGUGCGAGCGCUUUACUUACUACGGCUGCCAGGGUCUCUUCCAGAACUACAUCAGCAACCGACCCGGUGGUCAAGACGGUGCAGCUGGUCUCGGUCUAGGUCACGCUGGUGCCACGGGUCUGAACGUCUUCUUCCAAUUCGCCUGCUACAUCACGCCAAUCUUCGGCGCCAUUAUCGCCGACCAGUACCUCGGAAAGUACAAGACCAUUCUAGUCUUUGCUGCCGUCUACUUUGUUGGUUUGAUCUUGUUGUGGACGACUGCUCUUCCAGCGGCAAUUGAGAGCGGCGCUUCGCUUGGUGGUUUCAUCACCGCCAUCAUCAUCAAUGGCAUGUAUAAAUACAUCCCUAUUCAGACCCUAAGUCCCCGGGUUUGGAAUACACUUGAACUUUCUGCUAACUUUUCGGCAGGACCAUUUUAUACACCAGACACCCGCCACACCAUGGCCGUCAGCACGGAUCCGAAGACUGGCGAGCGCAUCAUCAUCGAUCCCGCCAUUACUUACCAGCGUAUUUACAUGAUGUUCUACUUCUGUAUCAAUGUUGGCUGUCUAUCGUUGCUGGCCACGCCGUUCAUGGAGAGAUACGUGGGCUUCUGGAGCGCGUAUCUGCUGUGUUGGCUGAUGUUCUGCGUCGCCGUCGUGGUUCUCAUCAUCUGCCGCGGCCGGUACAUUGUUCGCCCUCCGCAAGGCUCCAUCAUCACCGACUCGUUCAAGGCCAUCGGCAUGAUGAUUGUCUCGCGCAACACCGAUGCCGCCAAGCCCUCCUGGCGCGCUGCCAUGGGCAAGACGAAGCCGGUGCCUUGGAACGACCACUUUGUCGACGAGCUGAAGCGUGCGCUGCGUGCCUGCAAAGUCUUUUGCUUCUAUCCAAUCUUCUGGAUCUGCUACGGCCAGUUCUCUUCCAACUUCGUCUCCCAGGCUGCACAGAUGGAGGGCCACGGCAUGCCCAACGAUCUGAUGCAGAACUUCGAUCCCAUCAGUAUCCUGGUCUUCAUCCCCAUUCUCGACCGCAUCGUGUACCCGCUCUUGAGGAAGAUGAACAUCGAGUUGAAACCCAUUGCCCGUAUCAGCAUCGGUUUCAUGUUCGCCGGUCUCUGUCUCGCCUAUGCCGCCAUCGUCCAGCACAUCAUCUAUAGCACUGGCCCCUGCUUCGAUCGGCCUGGCGCAUGUCCUGCCGGCAUGGACGGGGAAUCGCCCUUGCCAAACCACGUCCACAUCGCGGUCCAAACGCCCGCCUACGUGCUCAUCGGGAUUUCCGAGAUAUUCAUCUCGGUCACCGGGUUGGAGUACGCGUACACCAAGGCGCCGCCGAGCAUGAAGUCGUUUGUGCAGUCCCUUUACCUCUUCACGUCUGCCAUCGGAUCGGCUCUCAACGAGGCGCUAGUCCCGGCUACGGGCGAUCCAGCUAUCAUGUGGAUGUACACCGGGGUCGCUAUCCUUGCGGUGGUGACGUCGUUUGGGUUCUACGGCAUCUUCCACAAGUACGACAGCGAAGAGGCCGAGAUGAACAAGCUCGAUGCGACGGAGCACGCGUGGGAUGCCAGGCCGAACAGCGGCACAGGGAACGAACACGUACCUACCGAGAAGGUCUGA